AGAAGUAGACGUUAGCCUCUUCGGCACUUGGCAGUUGGCUUAAAAUUUUAAAAAUCAAAUUCCAGUCCCCCCAACAUCAUCCCCCAAUGCCAUCCGCACACACAAGAGAGAUUUCAGAGAAUAAAAUCAUUUUUGCCAGAAAACCAAUUAUGUUGCAGCAACGGGCAAACUCAAACCCAUAAUAUUUUUUGUUUUUUUGUUUGGGUUUUUCGUCUUGUUUUCUUUCUUUUUUAUUUUUAUUUUUUAUUCAAGAACCUGUUAAAGAUAGAUCUUUGAAGUUGAACUUUUGAUGGCCGUUGAUAAACCCAUUUUACAAACAGAACAAGAUCAGCUGAGCCCAUUUUCCUGUUAUUAGGAAUAUUUUAUUUUUUAUUUUUUUGGGAUCUUCUUGUUUUAAUGGAAGGUGUAGCUGUGAAGAUCAAGAAGAGAGAGGGGUCUGAGUCAACGAGUAGUGACUCUGUCACUGAGUCAAGAAGCAGCAGCAGUGGCACGAGCUCUGAUAGCAAAUCGAGUUCUCGUAAUUCUUCGGCUCCUUUGGGUUGGCCUAUAGGAAAUGCCCAGCUGACUACCAAGUGUUCGAAAAAUGAGGUUUCUGAAGAAAAAGGAGAAUCCCAUUUGGAUGCUGUUGGUGAUGAAAAUUCCAACUUAAAGAAGCAGGGUUCAAAACUGUCAGAAACGGAGAUGAUGAAAGAGAGGUUUGCAAAAUUGUUGCUUGGUGAGGACAUGUCUGGAAGUGGUAAAGGGGUUUGCUCAGCAUUGGCGAUUUCGAAUGCCAUCACCAAUCUAUCGGCCACUGUAUUUGGACAAUUGUGGAGGUUGGAACCAUUGCCUUCUGCAAAGAAAUCGAUGUGGAGAAGAGAGAUGGAAUUGCUUCUUUGUGUAAGUGAUCACAUUGUCGAAUUGAUACCCUCGUGGCAAACAUUUCCUGAUGGCAGUAAGCUCGAGGUGAUGACUUGCCAUUCAAGAUCGGAUCUAUUUAUUAAUCUCCCAGCUCUUCGCAAACUUGACAACUUGCUACUUGAAAUCCUAGAUGGUUUUACUCAUACUGAAUUUUGGUACGUUGACCAAGGCAUAAUAGCACCAGAGGCUGACGGACCAGCCUCAAUUCACAAAUCCAUUCAUAGGCAGGAGGACAAAUGGUGGCUACCUGUACCACGUGUCCCUUCUGAAGGUCUUCCUGAGAACACAAGAAAGCAAUUAAACCACAAGCGCGAAUGCACAAGUCAGAUUCUUAAAGCUGCUAUGUCUAUUAACAGCAUUGCAUUGGCUGAGAUGGAAGUUCCAGAAUCGUACUUAGAAACACUUCCAAAGAAUGGGAGAGCCUGCUUAGGGGAUGUCAUCUAUCGGUACAUCACUUCAGAACAUUUCUCGUCGGAGUGCUUGCUCGAUUGCCUUGAUCUAUCGUCUGAACAUGUUGCUUUAGAGAUAGCAAACCGGGUGGAGGCAUCAAUAUAUGUAUGGCGUAGAAGAUUUCACCAGAGAACCCCUGCUAAUCCAAACCGUUCUACUGCCAAAUCUUCUUGGGAGAUGGUCAAGGAUCUUAUGAUAGACGGAGAUAAGAGGGAAUUGCUUGCAGAAAGAGCUGAAAGUCUCCUGCUAUGCUUGAAGCAACGGUUCCCAGGCUUAACACAAACGACAUUGGAUGCAAGCAAAAUACAGUGCAACAAGGAUGUUGGCAAGUCCAUUUUGGAGAGCUACUCAAGGGUCUUGGAAAGUCUUGCGUUCAAUAUUGUGGCACGUAUUGAUGAUCUACUUUACGUGGAUGACCUGACCAAAAAGUCUGAUAAUCUCUCAUCAGUAACUAAAGUCAGUGUAAUAGCUCAAAAAAGGGUCUCAAUCCCGUCUGCGGUGCCAGUCUCAGGCACCCCCUACAGAUCAGCAUUUGCCACACCUAGCUUUUCCCCUGCGCCACUGAUAAGCCCUUCAAGAGGGGAGAGAACUCCAUUUCUCAGUGGAAAUUGUAACAAACCUCCACGUCGUGGCUUAGGGGUUAAAAGAGUCUUGACCAAUUAUCUUGGUGGUGAUACAAAGGUGAAAAGUUCUGGCAGUAUUCUUGAAGGCACGGGUUCUACUUCUAACAGAUGUAAUGAAGGGACAUCUUGUUUGAACAUCGAAGGGAAGGAACCAUAUUCCACACAAAAGGAGUCUAGAUCACAUCACAUAGAGCGGUAAAAUCCUUAGCCUGGAUGAGUUAAACUUUAGGUUUCUUUUAGGUGGAAAGGGAGAAAAUCACAAAAGAAAAUUGGUUCCUUAAAAGAGAAGUACAAAAAAAUUUGUAUUACAUGGAUUACAUACAUGUUUCUGUUGUAUUUCUUGAAUGUUUUAUGGAAUGCUGAUUUGUUUAGGACAACAUCAUAUAGAUCCAACCUGUUACAUGUAAUAUUGGCAAAGCGGAUUUCUUUUAUUAAUUAAGAUUCUAUAAGUGGCCAUUUC